UCUCCUGCUGGCCGGUGUGUGAUGAGCGGUAGGGCCAUGCUGUUCCUGGGACUCCGUGCAUGGGCGAGUGCCGCUGCCCCCUUCCGCCGCGUUGGGCGCGGGCUGCGGCGACCCGGAGCCCUUUUCUUCCCAAGUUACCGCUCAGGUUCAGUACAAGCGUCUCUAGUGACCAUCGGCAAGGUGGACCGCUUUGGAGCAGUCACCGUUCACCUGGCACCUAAACACUUCCCACCUCAACUGGACGAGCUCAAAUUCCAAAAACUACUGCAGGAUGCUAUUAUACGUUGGAAAGCCGAAGGCAAGGUGGCAGUUUGGUUGGAGGUUCCUAUUCUCCAGAGCCGUUUUAUAUCUGCUGCAGCUCAUCAAGGUUUCACCUUUCACCAUGCAGAAAAGGACCAUUCUACGCUGGCACUUUGGUUAGCCACGGGGGAAAGCAAACUUCCUCCUUAUGCAACACAUCAAGUAGGAGUGGCUGGUGCAGUGCUUGAUGAGGUGACUGGUAAAGUUCUGGUUGUGCAAGACAAAAAUAAGACAAAGAAUGCCUGGAAGUUUCCAGGUGGCCUCUCAGAUCUCGGAGAAGAUAUUGGAGACACAGCAGUCCGAGAAGUCUUUGAAGAGACGGGAAUAAGAUCCACAUUUAAAUCACUUUUAAGCAUCAGGCAACAACACAAGCAUCCAGGAGCAUUUGGGAAAUCAGAUUUGUACAUUAUUUGUCGUUUGAAAGCUCUUUCGUUUGAUAUCAAUUUUUCCCAAGAAGAAUGCAUACGGUGUGAAUGGAUGGACCUCGAGGAGCUGACUUGGACGGAGCAUGCAACACCUAUAACUAGCAGGAUAGCCAAGCUAUUGUUAUAUGGAUAUAGGGAAGGAUUUGAAAAGAUUGAUUUAACAAUGAGAGAGUUUCCAGCUGUUUAUACAGGACUUACCUACAAACUCUAUUGCAAAGCAAUACCAGAGAAAUUUGAGAACUUGAAACUAAAUGGGCUUUGAAGAGAAAGAAAUAACAGAAAUAUCAUAAUUUCAUUGAUUCUAGCCUGUCCAAAUAAAUUUCAACAGGCUACAUAGUUUGAGAGAUUUAAAUUGGGGAAAAAUGGUACUCUACUAAAUGUAGAAUUUUACAGUUUUUUUUAAUAUAUAAAUAUAAAUAAAUAAAAUGGUCAGAGAUCUCACUGCAGCUCUUCAAUUCUGAAAACGUCAUUGGAUGUGACAGUCUCAAUCCAACAUAUUUAAUUUGAAGUUACAAUGGUGAACUUGAAUUUUAAUUUGAAGCUAAAAUGCCUCAUAACUAAAUGGGCAUUAUUGUAAUGUCUUUCUUUGUAUUAAAUAAUAUGAACUUGUAGCAUA